AUGGCGAAUUAUCACAAUGGCAACCACUACUACGGCCAGCCCGGGGACCAGCAGUCCUAUGAGGCCUACUCCCCUCCCUCCACCAACCCGCCGCUCCGGAGAAUGCCAAGUUACGACGCGGGGGAUGACGCGAGUCUUUUUGCUCCUCCGUCCGCCCACAACCUGAGGCCCGUGGAGACAACCCACCGAUACGGACAUGCAGGUUCCGGCGAGCAUCCAGGAACUCACAGCCUAGCUGCUGCUGUGCGCGACGACUACGCUGACCCCCGAUACUCCCAAAUCCCCUCGGCCAGCUCGCCGCCCCGAGCCCGCGCCCAGACACAGUCCGGCUACCCUCAAUACCAGUAUACUUCGUCUGUGAACCCGAUGUCACCGACGCAAACCUCAUACAAUCCGCAACAGUAUGCCUUGCCUGCCUCCGCUUCGCAGCAAAAUACCGGAUAUUCCCCACUCUCAUACUCCUCUUCUACCUCCUACCGCAACAACAGCAGUACAUCUCCGACCCAUCAACCGUAUAACCCCGCCGCUUACCAGGCGACGAACAUCGGCACUCUUGGAUCUCCCACAAUACAGCGCCAGCCGAGCAUGAGUUUCGCGCAAACACCUCUUUCGCCUAACCCGUACGGCUCGUCACACCCUUCGUUGCCCCCUCCACCUCCGCCUCGCGGACCCGAUCACCCCUACGGAAGCCGUCCCAUCCCGCCAUACUCCAGCGCUUCGCCGGCCACGCAGUUUGGAUUUCAAGCACAGCAUUCCAGCCAGUCCUCCACUGGUACUUCGUCCUAUAGUCUCGCCUCUCCAACCACACCAAGCACCGCAUAUACGUCUGGUGGGUCGCUGUCCAGUAUGACCUCGUAUAAUUCACGUACCUACGCCGGAGGAGUCCCAAUUCCCUCGCACAUCUCCCAUCCGUCUCGCCUGUCAGAUGCCGGCUGGACACCGCCAGUGGAAGAAGAGCCUCCCGCGCCGCCAGCCCAUCAAUCCGGCGACAACUACGACAAGCCGUAUAGCCCACUCCGUCUGUCAGGGCGGUCGCUUCCUACGCCACCGCUUCACCAAGGUCAACCGCCCCGGAGAACGGACACGUUGACGCGACACCCCCAGGCACGUCCUCUUCCGGGCCCCCCAGUUGAAACUGACGAAGGCAACCAAUCCAGUGGAUAUACGAACGGUGCAGCUGGCAAUCAAGGCUACGCUGAUCUCGUUAAUCAAGUCCAGGCUGCCAUCCCGGAGAAUCAGUGGAGCAACGAUUAUCAGCCUACUCAAAGGCCAUCUCAUAUCGACAUACAUACCCAGGGUGACCGAUCAGGUUCAACGGACUCGGGUCAUCCCUCUGGCUCAGAUCUUGUCCAUCUCUCUCCGGAUGAAAGGCACACCCAUACGAAUGGAAGUGUAGCGAUGGCCACCGGGCAGUAUGUAAACUACGAUGCGUACAGCGACGAUAGUGACGCCGAGGCAGAGGCCGGAGUGGCUUGGUUGCGGAUGGCUGACGAGGAGGAGCGCGCUCAAGCCGAGCGGCUGCAAGAGCGGACACGACGGGAAUCAACCGCGCCGACGACCGCCAACCUCCCCAAGCGGUCCUCCGUUUCGGCCUCCUCGCCGGCGCAAACUACUCGUGCAGAGUGGUAUCCUCCACAUGGCGGCGAGAGCUACUCGAGACAUCCUUCGCACGACGACACCGCGCCGCGAAUUAGUCCUUAUGGCGAAAACUCCGAUUACGCUGGCAAUCAUCCGGUCACAACCUCUGGCUCCCGGCACAGCUCCAAUGCCUCGGGCGAAGAGCGCGCGGAGUACUCUGACGAAUAUGACUACCCCCCUAUGGAAGAUGGCUACGCGUUCCCAUUUCCUCAGCUGCCGUCUAGCGCACGAGUCGAUGCGGGAGGCACUGGCGGCCUAUCAGAACCCAGCGCGCAUAACCGUCGGAUGAGUUUCGAUUACGGAGACGAAACAGAUGGCUCAUUGUCGCACCGCAGGCAGUCGCACCACUCCGAGAGUGAAGGCUCUUUCGGUGAGAACGAACCUGGGGAUCUGUUCUUCCACCCAGGAAUGCGGCCACUCCCCCCGCCUCCCCAGGAACCCGUCGAUAACGCAACAUUGAUACCCCACCUCCUUCCAGCCGGCACAUACCGAUACCAGGACUCAGGAGACAUGCCACAGUAUUCACCCUCCUACAUCCCUGCACCUUCCCCGGACGCAUAUUCAGCGACUGCGCCCAGCCCCACCCAGUUCUCCCGAUCUACAUCUUUGACGACUCAUCCCAUUGGACCUCGUGCUGACCCGCCAAUCAGGUCCAAGACCGAUGCGGACAAGGCGAAAUACAGACAGCAGCAGGAAAUGCUGCGGCAGGGCUUGUUGAAGUUAGACCCGUCUAUGGACACUGCGGCUGCUGCGAUUCCCCUUGACCUCCCUAUAAUCCCCGCCGGCCGCCGCAAGAAGUUCCAUCCGGCCAAGCUGUCUUCGGAGGACUUCCGUCGCUGCGAGGAACCCUGGGCUCUUAGUACUGUCCUUGCUUGGAUUAGAGAUUUGGCGGAGGAUGAGACGGACCUCAAAGAACAUGCCGUCGUUGAUGCGAUAGUAGCCUUGUUUACACACAAGGUCCCGACGAUGAACAUCGCGGAUGCCGAGACCCUCGCUGCGCGCGUUGUCCAGAACAUGCUCGACCAGGGAGCACUCGUCAAGGACGAAGAAUGGGUCAAGUUCGGCCAUGGAACAAUGUCCGGCGUGCUAUUCCAGGUCACCGGCACCGGGUGCUACUCUCCUGUGCUGCAUGAGCAGGAGACCGAGGGCGAGGUUGUUGGGCGCUGUUACUCGCAUCACUGCAUGCGAACUCUCAGAAAGGUGAAUCUGAGAGCACAGCUUAUGGAGCCGGAGAAGAAGGUGGAGGACUGGGUCACGUUUUACAAGGUUUCAAAAGAAAUCCUGGAGGGACACCCGAAGAAGGAGAUUGACCGGCAGAACAAUCUGCACGAGAUUGUCACCACCGAGGAUUCCUUCAUAGGCCAACUUGAUGUCCUGCGAGAGCUCUACCGUGAUCGCCUUGCCCACUCGGAGCCGUCGAUCAUCCCGCCGAAGCGCGCAAGCAAGUUCCUCCACGACGUCUUUGGAAAGGUAGACGCUGUGAAAAGGGUUAAUGAGGAUUAUCUCCUGGCGCAGCUGAAGUAUCGUCAGAAAGAACAGGGUCCGUUUAUUGCUGGGUUCAGUGAUAUCUUCCGAGAAUGGAUCCGCAAAGCCAAGGCCGUGUAUAUCAGUUAUGCCGAAACAUUCCCUCACGCAAACUACUUGAUUCGCAAAGAAGCCGAGAGGAACGUUGUUUUCCGUCAGUUCCUCAGCACAGCUCGCGAUCACAAACUCUCUAACCGUCUUAGCUGGGAUACUUUCCUGAAGGCUCCUAUUACUCGAAUUCAGCGAUACACCCUACUCCUGUCCACUGUCCACCGCAAUAUGCUCAAGGACUCCGAAGAAAAGACCAAUCUAGCCCAAGCCAUUGAGGAAAUCAAAAUCGUCGCAUUGGAGUGCGACAACAAGGUCGGCGAGAUGGGCAAGAAGGUUGACCUGCGGGAAUUAGCCACGAAGCUCCAACUACGACCCGAUAUGAGAAAGCGCGUCGAGCUAAACCUGGACUUCCUGGGCCGAGAGGUCGUCUACCGUGGCGACUUGCAGCGACCAGGCUACCGGACGCGGUUUUUGGUUGAUACCCAUGCAAUUCUCUUCGACCAUUUCCUUGUACUGGCCAAGUUGUCCAUUACGAAGGACACCACCCGGGCGGUCAAAUAUGAGAGUUAUGAUGUAUCCAAGUUGCCCAUUCCGAUGGAUCUCUUGGUACUGGAGAGCACCCAUGAAGAACCUGUCGUGAAAUCAGCUGUCAGAGGUGUGGUCGCGGCAGCUCCAGGAGCUCAGCCUGGCGCUCUUGCACACACCAACACAGACACAUCAGGCAAGUCAUUCGUCCCCACCACGGUGCUUGAAAAUUCCAAAGACGACAAGGUUCUAUACCCAUUCAAGGUCAAGCAUCUUGGGCUCAAUGAAACGUACAUCUUAUACGCGCCGUCCCCUCAAAACCGAAGGGACUGGUGCGAUAAGAUCACCGAAGCCAAAACAAAGCAUGCCGCGUCUUUGUACGCCCAGAAUGCAGAGCCUUUCCGUCUCCGCGUUCUAUCUGACACGGCCUUUGCCAGCUCCGAUAGCUCUCUACCACCCAGCGGUGCGGUUAUCAAGGGCACGCCGCUCGAUCGCGCAGUUAGGGAGGUUGAAAAGAACCACCCCUUGUCUUCUAGACCGUCUCCUAUCUGUCGCGCUGCGGUCCAUUGUGCCACUGUAUUUGAACAGCCCGCCGGCCGCAAAAUGUGCGCGAUCGGGACUGAUUAUGGGGUCUACAUCUCGGAGUACAAUGACCCCCGAGGCUGGUCUCGGGCUAUUGCCAUGCCACGGGUGACUCAAAUCGCCGUUAUUGAAGAGUUUAACGUCUUCCUCUUAAUUGCGGACAGGUCGCUGAUCGCAUACCACCUUGAUGUUGUCUGCCCAGCGAGCGGCGUGAAUAACCAGACAACAAGUGACUCCGCCCGGCGAGCACCGCAGAAGCUCUCCGGAAAUCGUGAAGUGGGCUUCUUCGCGGCAGGGCACAUGAAAGACCGUACCCUAGUUAUGUACAAGAAACGGGACGGUCUGUCGUCGACCUUCAAGAUUCUCGAGCCGGUCUUGCAAAAGUCAGCAACGAGCCGCAGUCGAUUCUUCAGCUCCCGACGCUCGCAGACUGAAUUUUUCCGCGAGUUCGACGAGUUCUAUAUCCCUGCGGAGAGUUACGGGAUGAAUCUGUUCCAUUCAUCGCUCGCAAUCUCGACCCAAAAGGGAAUCGAAAUUCUCACCCUGGACAAGAAGCAGACCUGGUCUGUCCCGGAAUUCCGCACCGAGGCGCAGGAAGCUCAAACACAGCUCAACGAGAUUUCCCGCCGAAUCACUGGUCUGCGGCCGCUGGGCAUGUUCCGUCUCAGUGACGCAGAGUUCCUUGUCACAUACACCGAGUGUGCCGUCUACGUCAACCAGCACGGUGACGUAUCGCGCAGUGUGGUGUUGGAGUUUGUCGGGCGCGCACACUCCGCCUGUCUGUACGGCAAGUUCCUCAUUCUCUUCAACGAGGACUUUGUCGAAGUCCGCAAUGCCAUGAACGGACGUCUACGGCAGGUUAUCCCCGGCCACAACGUUGUCUGUCUUGACGAUGGCAGCCGUUUCCCUGGUUCUGGGGCAAAUAGCAUCCCCACGAAUUCUGGUGACACUGUCAACCUCUCCAGCGGCUCAUCCAACGGAGCCACCUUGGCCAACCACGGCCGCACAGUCAAGAUCUGCAUGCAGCACCCUGACCACCCGCGGAACCUGCUUGUGCUCGAACUAAUCGAAAACGAAGGAUCAAAGGAUUAA